CCCCCGCAGCGACCCUUACCCCCGCCAUGUUUACCCAGGUGGUGGCGGGGGCCGGCACGGCCCCCCCCAAGACCAGGGGCGGGAGCUGGCCCUGGGGGAUAUAAGCAGCCCCCGAGGGGGCACCCACAGCCCCACACCCCCAGAGUCCUGCUCAGCCCCCAGCCCCGCCGAGAUGAAGGUGCUGGCGGCCGCCCUGGUGCUGCUCUGCGCCGGCUGCCUGCAGGCCGCCAUGGUGAGGCGGCAGGCCCCGGAGGAGGAGCCCGUCCCGCCGCCCGUCGACGACUUCUUCACCCGCCAUUUCCAGUCCUUCUCCGACUUCGUCACCAAGGACCUGCCCCAGAGGCUGCAGGCCCAGGAGCUGCGCAGCCAGGCCGAGGCCUACCUGGACCGGGCUAACAAGCAGCUGACGCCGCUGGCCCAGGAGCUGCGCACCAACGUCGUCGGCUUCUUCUCCUCCCUGCUGGACCUGGGCAAGGCCGAGGGGCAGCCCUGAGCCCUGCCGUGGCGGGCCCCCCCCCGUGACAAUAAAGCCCUGGAGCUGC